GAUGAGGUACAACUUGAAGCCACGAGUAUGAAGAAACGUUUUCUAAUAUUGUAUUUCAGAUCAUUCCGCAUUAUGGAUGACAACAGUAAUCGUUCUCUGGAUCUGGAGGAAUUUCGCAAGGGUCUGCAUGAUUUCGGUGUGAAUGCAACAGACGAAGAAAUCGAGACAGUAUUCAAAAAAUUUGACAAAGACAAUUCGGGUUCCAUCAGCUUCGACGAAUUUCUCGUUUCAAUAAGGCCGCCGAUGUCGAAGGCUCGUCUGGCACUUAUCGAUGCAGCAUUCAAGAAGCUUGACAAAACGGGCGAUGGUGUAAUAACAGUGGACGAUAUGAAGGGAGUUUAUCAUGCGGAACGGCAUCCGCAGUACAUUUCGGGUGAAAAGUCCCGAGAUGAUGUUUUCAAUCAGUUUCUCAACAAUUUUGAAGUUGGCGGACAUGUCGAUGGAAAGGUUGAGGACUUUGGAAAUUUUUGA